CUGACCGUGUUCAAUCCUGCACACCAUCAAUUAUCCUCUGCUUCUCUCUCUCCCUCUCUCCCCUUCCCACCUCAACCACCACCUCCUCCACGACGAUUGAACAUCCCCCCGGCGACACCACCCAGCAUUGCUACGUGCAUGUUGGUUGAUGUCGAAUGAACCUGUUCAAUUUCCUGCAGAGGUAACCACCUUAUACCUUUAUCCGUUUCUCCUCAUCCCGUACUCCUUUUUGCUCGUGAACAAUGGAAGCUGCCAGCCCACCCAAGCGCAUGACGCGUGCUCGCGCCGCUGCAAAGGAUGCUGCUACCACCACGUCCAAGCCGGCCGCGUCCAAGCCUAUCGUGUCCAAGCCGGUUGCCUCCAAGCCGGCCUCGACUAGGCCGCCGUCUGCUGCAGCUGGCAGAGCUGGUGCCACCACACCCACACCCACACCUACUCCUGCUGUUACUACCACACGUGCCACCAAGCGCAAGACGCGAUCCGACGAGACGGAAGACGAGGACGGCGCCCAGACGGAUUCUGAACAGAAGGGCACCAUGAACAAGCCUGCAAAGACCCGAGGCCGCCCGAGGAAGAUUGCCGCGUCCGAACCCCGCCCGGAGCCAGACAUCACUAUGGAGGAUGCGUCAACUACUACAGCUAGGUCUACGCGUGGCAAGGCCAGGAAGACUGCCACCACUACGACAGCCACCACAACUGCCCCAAAGCAGGAGCCGGCCAAGGCCACGCGGUUACGUGCACGAAAGGCUGAGGAGAACAAGGCAGACAUCACCACGGCUGAACCAGUUAAAAAGGUGACACGCACUCGGGGUCCGGCAGUCGCAAAAGCUACCACUGGUGUCGCCACCUCUACUGUCUCCACCGAACCAACCCCAGGUUUGAAGUCGGCUGUCUCUAGACCUGCAUCAAGACUCGGCGGCAUCACCAAGAAGACGGUGAGCUUCCAAGAGCCCGAGAAGGAGAACAUGCUGCCUGCCGCCAUCAUCAAGGGCAAGGCUAAGACGGCCACUGAGCCUGCCACCGGAAUGCGAGCGAAGCCUGUUCGCAAGCCAGCUGCUGGCGGCCGAGCUACGAGGGCUAGCACGCGAUCCACGCCGGCUGCCGAGACUAGAGAGAAGUCCCCGCUGAGCCCUAAGAAAGAUGUUCAGAAUCGGGCGCUAUCCAAGGAUUCCGGUUCCGACGACGAGCUCGCAACGUUAGAGAAGACCCCUCUAAAGCCGUUGAUGAAGAGCCCUGUGAAGCCGCGCGCCCAUGCUAGAAACCCCGAGCCUCAGCCGCCCGCCCAGGACGAGGACGAGGAUGAGGAUGAAGACGCGCAGGAGGCGCCUGAGCCAGCAAACUCGUCCGUAUUUGGUAGUCCGGCUCGCCGGCCUCCGCCGUCUCCCUGGAAGGAUGCGAUGAAGUCGCCCGCGAAAAAGGUGGACGUGAUCCCGUCGUUAAUCUUCGCCUCCAAGGCCGACCAUGAGCAUGCAGCAGAAUCGCUAUCCAGUAAUCCUAUUCUCCAAUCCCCUGCUAAACGCCCUCACUUUCCGAUCGCGCUCCAGCCUCUUUCACAAGGACCGAACGACUUAGGACGCUCCCCGAUGAAGAUGUCUCUCUUUCAAUCUCCAGCCAAGCGUCCCACAUCUCCGUUCAAGCUGUCGGAACCUGCUGCACAGCCCCCGGAAGAGAGAGGCAAGAGGCUAUUUGCGCCCAAGACAUCUCCGGUGCCAGAAGAGGCGCCGGCUGAAGAGCAGCAACUGCCUGAAGACCAUGAUGAUAACACCGAGCAUGAAGUCGCGCCCGACCAGCAGCCUGAGGAAGGCGAGGGCGAGCUCGAGUCCCCGGCCCAGCUCGAUUUCCCCGGCCGCCUGUCUGCCGUGCUCCCCCGACAUGCGGAUCCGGCUCUUCGAGACGACUCGCCUCCGGCCAAGGCUGUGGAGAGUCAAGAGGCAGAGCCUACCUCGCAACAGUCGACCGAGGCUGAGAAGGAGCCUGAAGUGGCUGAUGCCGAAAGUAACCAGUCGCCUAGCGAGGUUAUGAAUAUCGACGGUGCCGAGGCAAAGAUAGAGGAGGCUGCUAAUCCAGCUCCUACGGCGCCUCCGGACUCCCCGCCCAAACAGGCUGUCGACCCGGCCUUUGGACUGCGGGCUAAAGACUUGGAGGAUAACUAUCUCUCCGACUCAGAAGACGAGCUUGCGUCCAGCGGCAAGACUUUGUCCAGAUUCCAAGAUAACUCAACCCUGACCCUCGGCGUCCCGUCCACACCGACGCCUAGCGGCAUCAGGACCCCCCGCAAUGGAAUGCCUUCUAGUGCCGCGAAAGCGGCCAGUCGAGCCAUCCGAUCCAUUUCCAAAGGACCUAGGUUGGGUUUCACCCCGCUCGCCCAUCAAUUGAGUGAGUGGAAGGCCUCAAGCCCUCAGAAGCAGGCCGGUGCAGCACCUGGGUCUCCCGAUUCCGACCGAUUUUCCCUCGUGAGCGACAACGAGUCCGUGCAGGCUGGCUCUACGCCGUCCAAGGGCUUCUUCGACGAAGAGAUGAGGAUUCGUGCCGAAAUGGAGAACCAAGCGGCUAUCGAGGCCGCCCUGGAGGCCGAUAUCGCUGCCCAGUAUGACGAGGUUGACCUUGACAUGAUGCCUAUCACCUCGGAGGAUGUCGAGCUGGCCGCGGAGGCGAAUGAGAUGUCUCUCGUGGAGGCUCCUCAGCCCGACGACCACGCUCAUGAUGACGCCGUGUCGGACGCUAGUCAGGAAUACGGCGACGAGAAUUCGGUGCCCAUCGAUCCCGCUCUGCUGAAUUCCCAUGGCGGUGCGCGUCACGCCGACCCGGCAACCCCUGUCCGACCCACGGCUGCUUCUGGGCCCUUUCACACCGUCUCUAAAGUCCCUUUGAAGCCCGCGGACGACUCUACCCCGAGGAUUCCGAAGAGACGUAGCAUGAGCGCGUCGAAGCUUCCCGCUCAGCGGCCAGCCGGCCACCUCCGGAGCGCAACCGUCAUUUCGUACUCGCCCGAGGGCGCGUCGAAGAUGGACAUCGACGAUGUUGACGCCGUCGAGCACCCCCCCGUUACGCCUUCUAAAGGCGAUAUCUGGUCCUCGAUGGGUACCCCCGCCCGCACCCCUCGCCGAGACCUCAACACCGCCCUGCUACGAGGCGUAGUCGCCUUUGUUGACGUGCACACCAGCGAUGGCGCCGAUGCUAGCAGCGUUUUUGUCGAGCUUCUCACGCAGAUGGGUGCUCGCUGCGUCAAGAGUUGGCCUUGGAACCCUACCAGCCCUACUGGCGAGGCGUCGACCUCCAAGGUGGGAAUUACCCACGUUGUCUACAAAGAUGGAGGCAAGCGAACCCUGGAGAAGGUCAGGGAGAGCGGCGGCGUCGUACAAUGCGUCGGCGUCAGCUGGGUCUUGGACUGCGAGCGCGAGAACGAGUGGCUAGAUGAGGCUCCGUAUUACAUCGACACUUCCCUCGUCCCACGUGGUGGACGGAACCGUCGCAAGAGUAUGGAGCCCAAGGCCCUUGCCAAUCUCAACGGCACUUUGGUCACCCCGGUGAAGAACACCGGGGGCUCUGCCCGAGAGUGCCAGACCGUCCCGAAUAACCACGCCAGCCGCCGGGACAGCACCGUCUGGAUGCGCACGCCCUGCGGCCACGACGACGACGACGAGCUCGACGAGCACGACUGGGACAAGGAGCUCAGCAUGCUGACGCCCGUGCCGAAGACGCCGGCGCCGGAAGCGGUCGCGAGGUACGCGAUGGACGUGACCCCGGACUCGCCCAUGGCGGGAGACGACUACAAGGACUCGCCGGAGAGGGACCAGCUGCUCAUGCGGACCUGCCCGCCCAAGAAGAGCGUGUACGCGGACCUCGGCCAGGGAGUGCUGCAACGUGAGAAGGACCAGGGCAUCUUGAUGCGCCUGAUGGCCGCGCGGCGAAAGAGCCUGCAGUUCGCGCCUAAGAUCGCGAGCCCACUCUCCAAGGCGUGGAACUAGAGCCACACUCUUCAUUGACGUUUUUGACGGCAUAGACACGGGAGUUUUUUACGGGGGGGAGGGAAAGGGAAUGAUUCAAGGCACAGGGGCGUACCAAGAUCUGCGUUUGUCUUUUUUCUCACGAGGAGUUGUCGUUCGUUACGAGUGAAAAAGAGGGGGCUUAACAGUAGAGAGGGAGACCUAGCAUGCCGGACUCAGGGAG